ACAUGGCGGUCUCAUAGCCACUUCCGUGUUUACAUCCUCAGCAGUUUAAAGUGUUACAGAGUAGUUACAUGUCAUUAGCGAAUGAUCAGCCAUAUAAAACUGCAAAAUUGUUAGGUCAUUUACAAAAUGGCGGCAGUCAACAAUGUACCAAAAGAUUUACAAGAUGCCAUCAGAGAGUAUCUUGGUCGCAGGAUUAAGUUGUAUAUAAAGCGUAUGGUAAAACAAGAAGUACGACCAGACAAAUGGGAAAACAGAGUUUUAGCAUUUUCAGGAACCCGCUUGUUUGUUUUCACUUCAAAGCCAUCAAAAUCACCAGAGAAAAAGUGGUCAACAAAGCAAGAACACAAUAUAUGUUACUUAGAUAUACAGUCUAUAGAAAGCCAGGCACAAAACAAGCUUGUGAUAACAACAAAUGAAGGAAAAAGUUACUCCUUUGUGACCUUGGAAACAGAAACCGAUGAAAUCAAUCACAUGAUAACCCAUGUUGGUACCUCCAUCAAACAAAUCUUCCCAUCAUUCCCUAUAGAACGAAUCAUGAAGAAAAUAGAUGUUCACCCUCCAGAAAGGUUAAAGAUGAUGAAUGAUAUGAUUAAAACAAUAGAACAAAAGGAACAUGGUCCAUGUGGCAACUUUGCUAUGAUGUAUGCCUGUAUGUGCGAUUAUUUCAACCUUCCAUAUAGAGAAGAAGUUGCUUGGGAUGUCGACACUAUAUAUUUAUCACAAGACUGUCGAGUUCUUACAUUAAAAGACUUUGAUCACUUAUCCGGGAAAGAUUUACAGCCCAUUGUGUCGGCUAUAGAACAUAAUACAUGGUUUACCGGUCUGGAUCUCAGUGGAGUCAAAAUGACUGGUGAAACUCAGGCCGAAGUCCUAAAAGUUAUGCACAAAAAUUGUUUAAUAGAAGAUAUAAAUCUGAGUAAUACAGGAAUCACUGUUACACUGCUUGUACAAUAUUUCAGAGAAUUCGUUGUCAAGUUAGGAACAGCCAUCUUAUCUAACACAGGAAGUCAACUGACCAGGAUAGAUCUGUCCAAAAACCUACUGGAUGAUAGAGCCAUGAUAUCAUUUCUUGGAUCCCUGAGUAAUCUGUCGAGAGGACUGAGUCAUCUGAACAUCAGUAAUACAAAGUUAACAGGGAAAGGAUUAAAUAAAAUAUUUGAGUUAAUGACACAACAUGACGCAAUCUUUGGUGGACUUCAAGUACUAAAUAUCUCAGAUAACUCAACUAAAGGGGAAGAUUUACAGAACAUGUACAGAUUCCUGGGAAAUCCAAAUAAUAUUACUCAUCUAGAUUUAUCAGGAAUAGAAUGUGCCUUAGAAAAUUUGAUGGUUGCAUUACAGCGAGGAUGCACUAGUCUAACACACUUGUACCUUUCAAAAAAUGUGUACACACAUAAAAAGAAGGAAAUAGCUGUGCAGCCUUCAUGGAAACAGUUUUUUGCCAGCACCUGUAGUUUAGAGUAUCUAGAUAUGUCAUCUUGUAAAAUACCAGUUGAUGCUUUAAAAGAACUAAUGUUGGGAAUUUCUAGUAAUAUGCAUUUGACUAAUCUCCAUCUAAAUGUGGCUGGUAAUGACUUCCAACAGUCAGGAUCAAUGAAUAUAGAGAGUACCAUAGCUAAUAUACACAAUAUAGCUAGCUUGGAUAUAAGUAAUAAUAAUUUAGACCAAGGAUUGGCAACACUGUUACCAUGGAUAAAAACAAACAAAAGUUUAAAACGUUUGUCAAUAGGCAGAAACUUUGAACAUGUAAAACAAAAACAAUUACCAACUGUAUUAGAUGGAAUAGUACAACUAAUACAGGAUGAAGAUUGUGAUUUGGAAUCUCUGUCUCUGGCUGACUCCAAACUAAAACAUCAUAUAUCACUGGUGAUCAAUGCUUUAGGGAGUAAUGGGUCUCUUACAGAACUUGAUAUUAGUGGGAAUCAGAUGGGAGAUUUUGGUGCUAGAAUGUUAAGUAAAGCUUUACAGAUAAACAACAAACUAAAGACCAUUAUCUGGGACAAGAAUGGUGUCACUUCACAAGGCUUUGAAGAUGUAGCCGAUGCUUUAGAAAAGAAUUUCACAAUGAAGAAAAUGCCUACCCCAGUAAAUGAUAUGGUUCUGGCUCAACAAAGAAAUCCUGAGAAGACAGAAGCAGCUAUACAGAGGAUUGAGGCACUGUUACAAAGGAACCACAGUCCACAGAAAUACUUGGUUAAUAGGGAUUAUAAGAUACAAGGGUGUUAUCUCAGCUCUACACAACAGAUGGUUGACAGAUUGGUUGUACAAGUCCAGGACACAGUAAAUGCUUUACAGAUGACCCCAUCAGUUGACGAUUAUAAACAAGACAUAGAUGUGGCUAAUGGCUUUGUUAAAGAUGCCAACACUUCACAACUUCUUCUGCCACAGUUACAAGAUGUAGCUGAUAAAUCGACUGGGGAAGAUAACCCUGUAGGUAAACGUCUCAAGGAACUGUCAGAUGACUUGAAGAAAGUUCUUGAUAAUCAAAUGAAGAAAACAGUUGAAGACAUGUUAGAAUGCACAACCAAACAAUUUACUGCCAUAACCAAAGAUAAGGAAUUUUCCACAGAAUUAAAUAGUGGAUGUUACAAGAAGAGCAGUUUACCAGAAGACUUUGCCACACACACAUUAAAUGUUAUAGAAAUGGAUGUUUUUAAUAAAAUUAGUGAACUGAACCUUGCAGUAGCAGCCCAUAUAUCAGAUAGAGUUAUAGAUGCUGUGAUAGAAAACUUAUCAUCGAGUCAUAAAAAACUGACAAAUCAUUUGAACCUAGAAAAGAGUAAGCAAGGAAGGCCAGUAAAGAAAGAAGAGAUAAAGGAGAUAGAGAAGGGAGACAAGCAGGAGAAAGACAGUACAGAUGAUCUAAAAUCAAUGGAUUCCAAAUCUUCUGACAGUUCUCCUGCUAUGCGACCAAAUAAGCAAAUCCCCAAGAAGAAUACUGGAGAGACACCAAAUAUUGCAUCAAAGAGAAAAACUGUCAAUAACAGAAGACAAAGACCACCAACUGUAAUUGAAGCAGAGCACGUAAUAAAAGCUUUAGAAGUUUACAACAGUGUAAAUCCUGACACCACACCCUCACCUUCUCCUGAUGUCCCACCUUCUACCUCAAAUGUUCAUGAUAUUGCCAUGACAACAGUAAAAGAUGCCAAAGAAACGAAAAAAGUGGAGCAGAGGAAUGGGAAGAAAGUUGGUUCGCAGGAAGACCUUACAAAAGUCCCAGACUUAGAUGUUUUACCUGUUGAGAAAAUUAUAGAAACAAUUGCUGACAAACCAGUAGCUAAAUCUCUAGACAAGACAGCAGCUAAACCUGUUGACAAGGUAGUACCUAAAACUCCAGCUAAAAACUUGAAGGCUGAUCCACCAUUGUCAUCACUACCUGAUUUAGAUACAGUGGCGCCAUUAACUCACCUCGGCAAAGAUCGUCCUAGAAGACUAAGAACACAUCGUCCAGGUCGUCCAACAACUCCAGCGUCAAGUUUAGUAGAGAAGGACAAAGAUGCAUCAGAUGCAGAUAACAAUAUUGAUAUUUUCUUCAAGUCAACAAUCGUUAAAGAUCAGGUGACAACGCCAGCUCAAAGUAAGACAGAAACAAUAAAAGAAGCAAAAGAAGGCAAAAAAGUUGUACGGAAACAAAGCAAUGAUGGAAAGCAUGAUGGGGGCAAAUCAUGGUUUGGAAACAAAGAUAAAAAAGAAAAAGAAACACCUCCAAAAGACCAAAAAUCAAAGACUUUAUUUGGUAAGCUUCCUUUUGGAAAAAAGACAGUCAAAGCAGAACCUGAAAAGAAAGAAGAUGUUAAAGUAGAGAAAGAUCCUCCAUCAGAAACUAAAGAAAACACACCUAAUAAAGAAAAUACAGAGCCAGAGGUCAAGGAAGAGCCAGUGAAAAAAGAGGAACCUAAAGAAGAGAAAACCCAACCAGAGCCAGAGAAAAAAGAUGAAGACAAACAACCAAAGAAGGCUUUGAGGCCUCCUGGUGGUGGAAUAGGUCUUGGUGUUAUGGGUGGUGAUAUGUUGGCUCAGCUGAGACAAAAACAACAGAACAGAAAAUCGGUGGAUAAAACUCCGAGUGAAGAAACUAAGGAAAAGGAAGCAGUAAAGCCACCAAAGACAGAAACAGCAGUAUCACCCAAGCCUUCAGAAACAAAGGAUGACACGAAAUCCAAGGAGAAAACUCCAAUAUCUGUCUUAAAGCUGGUACAUGACCAGAACAGACCAAAACCAGCUCCUCGUCCAAACAGUAACAGUAGCAGGACAUCGACUGCUUCCAGGACUUCCACAAUUGGGGAAGAUGGAGAAACUAAAGGUCAAAAACCUGCUCCAAAACCACGCCCUAAUCCACCUCCAAAACCCAGGGGAAGUGUCAAGAGUGAUGAUGGAGAGAUUGAAAAUUCUGGACCAGUUCUUAAAACACGCCCAAAUCUUCUUCCAAAACCUCGGGCAAAUGUCAAAAGUGACCCCUUACAAGAGGAUAAAACAGACAGCGGUAAAACUAAUGAAGACAGUAAAGCUGCUUCAUUACCCAGAAAUAUACCUCCAGUUAUACAAAAAGCAGACAGGGGUUCUAGACCUGUAUCUAUGUUUACUAACAGUAAAAAUGAAAAAGUUUUGGACCAGACAUUACAGCCUUCUAAGUCAUCUGGUGAUCUUACAGAAACGGACAAUAUAGUUCAAGAUUUGAAGGAAAUUGUGGAAGAUAAAAAUGAGGAAAAUGGAGAAAAUUUUGAUGGUGAUGAUAAGGAGAAAGGUGUUUCUUUGAAAAACAGCAAAAAGGAAGAAGUCAACAAUGUAGAAAGUAAAGAUGAAAAUGGGGCUAAAAAGCCAGCUGAAAAUGGGGCUAAAAAGCCAGCUGAAAAUGGAGAUUCCAAAAGAUCAUCUGAUGAAAGUGUUUCUGAAGAAUCAAAUGAAGAAAAACCAACUGAUUUUGAAAGUGAUGUAAUAAUGGUAUAAGACAUCAAGGUGGUUUUUAAUAGUUGUGAUUUUUGGCAAUACUAAAUGUAAAUAUUAUAUAAAACACACAUUCAGUCUUGUUCCAAAGAUAUUUCCCAUGCCAAAAACUGUAAUUAAUACAGAUUUUAUUUUAAAAGUUCAAUGCUCAACAAAAACUGAACUCUUUAUAGUUUAAUCAAAACAUACCAGUAUUUGAACUUAAAUCAUAAAAAUCAAAUAUGAAGAUGUUGUAAGAUAAAAGAUUAUGCUGAGUUUAGGUGUAGUGAGUGAUUAAUUUUAAAUGCUUAUUCAAAACUUUUCCAUUUUGUUUCUAUUUUUUUCUACCACAAGUGCUGUUUCUUGACUUUAUAAAUAUGUUGGGUUAAUACCAAUGUAAAGUUGUGUAAAUCUUUAGCACAGUAGUAUGUGGUGCUGUACAAUAUCUGCUGAAACUGUUCAUGUGCAAUAAUUGUUUUUGAUGAUUUAUGUCAUGUUUUUUAUAUAUAUAAUUUUUUAUUCACUUUAUACACUAUGUAUAUGUAUAUACUGGACUUUAUAUAUAUAGUUACUCUUGUUACUUAUCUAUUCAUGUAGUUGUGUUUAAAUAGAACAAUGUAUUGGAAGGAUAAGAUGAAGUAUUACGUUAUAUGGUGUAUUAAUUUUCACUUUUUUCACAGUACAUACUAAAGAGCAAUAAUGUGUUAUCCUAAAAAAGGUAUUCAUUAAAGAAUACAUAGAAAAAUAUUAAUAAACUGCAAAAAAAACACAAAAAAAAAACAACAGCAAAUAUGGCUUGACAAACUAAACUGAAAAUAUCAUGCUCUGGAAAUGAAUUAUAUGUUUACAUUAGAUAUUUAAUUUAUUAUUCUGUUUAAAACAAUUUUGUUACAUGCUAACAAAAAUAAAUUCAAGCAUUGUUAAUAAAUUAAUUAGAAGUUUUAAAAUUCUGUGCAAGAAAUAAUUUGAACAGAGAGAAACGUAUCAUGUUUUAGUGCCAAAUCGUUACAAAUUGUUAUUGAUGAUAAAAUUGGGAUAAAGUGUUGAUUUGCAGUUUAUUUUGUUAUUGUACAAAUACAAGGGUAAUUAACUCUUGUUGAUGUUAUUUCGAAAUAUUGAAAUGCACUUAAUUGUAUUAUUGGAAGUUCAUCAGCUAGUCAUUUAUGUAUUGGACAGUUGAAGUUAUCUCAUGUGUCUAUAUGUAGACGUGUAUUUUUUAUAUUUCAAAAAAAUAAUUGAAUAAUUUAUAACUUAUUUAUUUUUUCAACAAUGUGUGUUUAAGUGAAUAAAUAUUUAACUAUAAAAUAUUAAAGCUAAUUACAUCAUUUUAUCGUUAAUAUUUUGGUAGACUUUUUAUUUACACAUGAAGGAAACAACAAAUAUUACUACAUAGUUUUCAAGAUCAUAAUCACUUUCUUCAUGUAUACAUCCAUAAAAUAUGAAAAGAAAUAUAAGUUUAUUGUUGUUUCAGUUUAUAAUGUGUUCCAUUAAAUUAUUUACUCAGAAUUUCUAUAAAAAUGUAAAAUAAGUUUCUAUUACUCAUCAUAACAUGUGUUCCAUUAAAUUAUAAACUCAAAAUUUCCACAAAAUGUUGAAUAAUUAUUAUAUAUCAUGAAUAUUCAUUAGCAUAAUAAUACAGUGUAUAUAAUGUAUAUCUGUAUAUAAGGAAAGAUUAAUGCUUUACUAAACACGUCAUUGACUCUAUACCAAUGUUUAUACACAAUGUACUUUAUGAUUUCUACAUUUAAGCCGUAAAUCACAUCCUGGGACUUUCAUCUUUAAUUUUCAGUUACUUAAGUGGCUUUAUUGAUUUACAUGCUUUAAAGAGGCACUGAUAUUUGUGGUCUAAGUGUACUAAAGUUGUAUCAUUGCUUUGAAAUUGUUAUUAUUCAGUAAUAUUUACUUUAGAUUUUACUUUUUAUAACUUCAUAGCAAAUGAUAAAAGGGAAAAAUGUAGAAAAUAGUUAGAAUUUGUAAUUUAGAAUUGACACAAGGCUUUUUACUGAGGGAAAGUAAAAUCGGUGGAGGUUUAAAAACUUUAGAAUUCGUUUCGUGUUCUGUUUUUUAAAGGGGGAUAACCAUUACAUGUCAUGCUAGUCAUAUGCAAUAUAAACUUUCUUCUAUACAUAAUAUUUUGAAUAAUCGUUUGAAUUUUUUACAUAAUGUAACCAUAAACUUACUGAACUAUUUUUGUUACAUCAUUUCAUUUGUAUAUCUGUAUAUAUUCAUAUAUAUAUAUAUAUUUAGUAUUUUCAUGCACAGUUUUAUCUUUGAAGUUUGGUUCCUUUACCUAUUUCUAACAAAGCAAAUUGUUGAUUUAUAUAUUUAAUAUGUAUUUAGAAACUAGACCUUGUUUCCUUUUAUUUUCUCGCUUGAAAGUAGUCAUAAAUAACAAAUAACACUGAAAAUAGAGCGGUAAGCAAACAUGUAAUUUAAAUAUAUCAUGAAAAAACGUAAAGGUUUGUAAAUUUUUGUGGUAUGUUGACCAUACAUUUUACUGACAAAAGAAAUUUAGAUUGGCAAGAGCUUGCCCAAAAAAGAAGGAAUCACAUUUUAUUAUUAGUUUGGGACUUGUGCAUAGGUUGCCUAGGCCAAUUAUAUAAACUUCUUACUCAUUUUUAUUAGUCAGAGAAUCUGAGGGGAAGUGAAAAUCAUGAAAACAAUUAAAUUUAUUGGAAACCUGUAUAUUUCGUCUUUUUUUUUGUUCUUGUAUAUCUUUAAAAGUCCAUUAAAGAAGAAGGAAUUGUCCAUACAGAAGAAUGAAAAUAUAAUAUCUUGUUAGUUGUAUUUACAAAAUUUGUAUUAUAAUAGAACAUGUAAUAAUGAGUCCCAAGGUAGAAGAACUUAGGUGAAAUGAUACCUUUAAAGUACUUACACACAAUGAAACAAACUUACACACCUCUAUUGUUAAUAAUACAAUGUUUAGAAUAUUCCUCUUCAUUUCGUAGAAAGUAGAAAAAAUUAAUUUGUUUAAUCAUUGUUUACAUAGAUGGAGACCAAUAGAAAGAUAUGAGACACUGUCUUAAGAUAAAUGCAAGUCCUCAGAACAUUUUAAACCUACAUACCUGCACUUGAUCUAUUCCAUUGAUUAAAUCUAGAUAUUUAGAUAUUUAGAUCUAUGGAUAAUGAUGUUGUCAUGUUACGUUAUGUUUAAUUUAAAGAGCUGUGGUAAUUACAUUCUUUCUGACAAAAAUGAAAUACCAUAGUCCCAAGACAACACAUAUGAUAUACAUUGUCCUAAGAUUUUACAAAUAAUUCAUUAAAUAUAAACUGUAUGAUAGUAGAAAUGAUGUUCUUUGAGCAAAAUUAAACAAAUCUGAAGUUAAACUUAGAUUUUUUGUUGAUAUAUUUUUUUUUAGGAUAGUGGACCAAUAUGUUUAAUAUAAUGUUGAGAAUUUAUACUGUAAGAAUGCAUAGCUGAUAUGUUUUCUGAUUUAUUUUUUGUUUAGUGUUCAUGAUUUUAUAUUAACUUAAGAUUUAGGACCUGAUUUCUUGUCUUUAUUUGUUGGUUUUAUAUUUAUUAAGUUCAUAUGGGAAUUAUCAUUGAUAUAUAUACAGUACUAAAUAUAACAGGAAUAAAGUUAUAUUGUUUUCUGUUAUAAUUAUUGUAGUGUUCUUUUGUUGUUUCUGUUUUAAUUCUAUUAUUUUUACUGUACUAAAUAAAUAUUAUUCCUAAAACGAGGUUUGAGAAUAUACUAUAUUUGUUGGAAAGCAGAACGAUAAGGAACAGUCCACCUUUUGAAAUCUUAUUGUAGAAUUACACAUUAUAGAAUGACUUGGUCUGAAAAAAAAUAAUCUGAAAUCUCUGCUUUACUUUUAAGGACUCCUCUUUCCCGGAUUGUCAAAACUGUAAAUUCUGAAAUUUUUGCAAUGAUUUAUUAAUACAAAAAAUGCGCGGGGAAAGGAUUCUCAGAAAUAAAAAAUAACAAAAAACAUCCCUGGACAUUUAACGACCUUGGACAUUUAUUGAUCUUGGACCAGCACACGGGUAUCAUUUAAUCUCUGUGUUAAAUGACAACAGUUCAUUGUAGACAGGUUUUGAGUUCUAACAGAAUAUAGUUUGGACAGGUUUAAUUACAGAAGAUAGUUAUGAUAUCUGUGCAUUAUAUGACAAACGUUCAUUUUAGACAGGUUUUGAGUUAUAAUGAUUUUAAUGGGUAAAGAUAGAAGAGGAAUUCCAGAGGUAUUUCAUGCAGUUAUUUAGAACUAAAAGUUAGAGUAAAGAAGUAAAAUGGUUUUGGGUUCAUUUAUGAUCAAUUUUAUAUAAUGUAUUAACACUACAAUAAUUAUUUUUCAUUUACGUUUAGUCCCAUUAUGUUAUUGGACCAAUAUAGAGAAGAUAGACCAUCUUAUACAAUUAUAAUAAAGAGAGGAGCGACCACUUUAUACAAAUAUAAUCUAUGCAAAGAUAACUUUGUGUUGACUUUGUUAGAUUAACAGUGUUACACACCACCUUUUACAUAACUUAUAUUAUUUCACAUUUACUUUAUAUAUAUGAUAUGUUUACAAACAUUAAACAUAUAUUGUUAUAA